AUGGGCCCAGGUCAGAGGGAGUCGAGUUGCCUUGGGGCAUCUGGUGAACUCAAGCCGGCCCGAGGCAGCGAAGCAGAUCCCGAGGUAGUCUGUCGAAGAUGGCCGACGCAUGAAGGCGCCUCUUCGUCCCAGAGAAGCGGACUCUCUAAGCCGCCCGGAACGUCGAAACUGCCGAUUGGCCCCAGUUUGAGACGGAAUCAAACCGAAAAGGGUUCACUUCGGUAG